UGUCUUCCGCCCUUUCUUGUUGCCACAAAAGCACCACAAUCCUCAAGUUAAAAGUGUGCUGCCAUCCUCCGCAGAGAGAAGGAACUGUGCCGAGAAAGGUGGAAUCAUGGUUCAAGCUAAGGCAUGGAUCCUGACCAAACAUUUUGAUGGCUUCCCCAAGGAAAGCAACUUCCAGCUCAAAGUGGAAGAGCUCCCGGAGCCUAAAGAUGGAGAGGUGCUUUUGGAAGCAUUGUUUCUCAGUGUCGACCCUUACAUGAGGCCGUUCAGCCGCGUCCGCAUGAAAGAAGGAGAUGUGAUGAUCGGAACUCAAGUUGCAAAAGUGAUCCAAAGCAAAAAUGCAGAGUUUCCUGCAGGGGUGCAUGUGGUUGGUCGUAGUGGAUGGAGAAGCCACACAAUCUCUGAUGGCUCCGGCCUCAUCCCCAUCAUGCCUGACUGGCCUAGGGAUGUCUCACUGUCCCUGGCUCUUGGCAUCAUCGGCAUGCCUGGCCUGACCGCUCUGUAUGGAAUCGAAGAAGUCCUUGGACUGAAGGCGGGCGAGACCCUGCUGGUGAACGCAGCAGCGGGGGCGGUGGGCUCCGUGGUGGGGCAGAUCGCCAAGAUUAAGGGCUGCAAAGUGGUGGGCUCGGCCGGGUCUGAUGCCAAGGUGGCUUUCCUCAAAGAGCUGGGCUUUGACGAGGCCUUCAACUACAAAACGGUGGCCUCCUGGGAGGAGGCUCUGAGGAAGGCUGCUCCAGAAGGAUACAACUGCUUCUUUGAAAAUGUGGGAGGCCCCUUCUCAAGUGUGGCCCUAUCACAGAUGAAAGACUUUGGAAGAAUAGCUGUGUGUGGAAGUAUAUCCACAUACAACGACACUCAGCCUCAGACAGGGCCAUUUCCACACAUGACCAUGAUUUUCAAGCAGCUCAAGAUGGAGGGUUUCAUGCAGAGCAGAUGGGAAAAAAAGCAUCCAGAGUCCCUCAGGAGGCUGAUGGGAUGGCUGAAAGAGGGCAAACUGCAGAAUCGGGAGCACAUCACAAAGGGCUUUGAAAACAUGCCGGCUGCUUUUAUGGGGAUGCUACAAGGAGAAAACACCGGAAAGGCCAUCGUGGCAGUCUAAUGUGGAACCCAGGAACCACUAACAGUAUUAAUCAUUGUUUAAGCAUGAAGGACUACUAACCAACAUGAUGCCAACAUAACCCCAGGUCUUUUGCCAUUUAUUGUCUUCAAUUAUUGGCGCUCAUACUGCUAGGUUGUCUUUACAUGAUUUAAAGAUGAAGGCCUCUGGCUUAGUGGAUCUUGUUUGUGUUUGAUCUGGAAAUAGACAAGCCUGUAAUUUGUGGCUGAUUUGAAUUUCAGUGGGCUGUGGUGAUGAGAGCAUUGUCACCAUGGUUACAAGAGACGCCGUUCAUCUGCUAUUGUGGCCAGUUACAGCUGUGUGAAGCCGCACAACAACAUAUUGCACUGUGUAAAUUCUUCAUUUAAAGCAUGAAAAUCAAUAAAAACCUUUUUU